AUGAUUAAUAAUACAAUCAAAUCCCUAUUUCAUUCAUCUAAGACAGCACAAUCCUCAAAUCAGUUUCACAACAGAUGUGUCUGUGAAAUAUGCAAAUGUGGAAAACAUCAUUGUCCAAUUCACACUGAUAAUAUGCAUGGCGAUUUCUAGUCUACAUUCUAACAUGACUAUUAACCAUGGAAAUCGAACAAAUAAAGACCAUUCAAUUAUGAUAGAUAACCCUAGUAACAUUCCUAUGAUCCAUCUACUUUAAAGAGUUAAUAUUAGAGUGAAUACAUUUAGAGACCAUUGCCAGAAAGAGAAACGAGAUAAUUGCCAGAAUUGCAACCUUCUUAACCUUUCUCGAGCUUAUCAGACUAUUAAACUAAUUAUUAGAAAUUUCCAUUGCCAAUGAAACGUGGUUUAAUAAAGCAACCUUAUAAGUCAGCCCCUAGAUAAGUACCAUGGAAUACCACUUAUGGUGUAGAUUUUAUCUAAAAACCUGUUGGAGGAUCUGAAUAAUUCAAACCAUAAGUUAAAGAUGGUCCGAAUGUGAACACUGAUUUUGGAUCUACGACUUAUAAGACAUCAUAUGUGCCAAAACCAAUAAGCAAAUAGGAAAGAUGUAGAGAUCCAGUUUAACGUAACAUUAAUGGAGACCCAGGAUAAAUUGGAAAUUCUACUUAUUAAAUGGAUUAUAUAGAAAAAUAAAGAGAUGAAAAUUAUUGUCCAAUCCUUGCAUUACCUAGAAGACCCAAUCAAUUAGGAGGAGGAAAGUCACAUCUUAAUUAUGAUGCUGUUAGAAAUAGAUGGAUUUGA